UGGCAGCAGGGUCUGCGGUGAGUAUGUCUGGCAGAGGCAAAGGCGGGAAGGGGCUCGGCAAGGGUGGUGCUAAGCGCCACCGGAAAGUGCUGCGUGACAACAUCCAGGGCAUCACUAAGCCGGCCAUCCGGCGCCUGGCUCGGCGUGGCGGUGUGAAGCGCAUCUCGGGGCUCAUCUACGAAGAGACUCGCGGUGUGUUGAAGGUCUUUCUGGAGAACGUGAUCCGCGACGCUGUCACCUACACGGAGCACGCCAAGAGAAAGACGGUGACCGCCAUGGAUGUCGUUUAUGCUCUGAAACGCCAGGGGCGCACCCUCUACGGCUUCGGCGGUUAAAGCCUU